AUGCCCACGCCACUGGAUAAAGCUUUGAGAUCACGAAACGCAUUUCUCGCGUUCGCCGGCAUCGUGACGGGAGUCGCCGCAUGGUCUAUCUGGGGGAGCGACGUCUUCCCUCAAGACCAGUCCGACCCCAAGGGCAAUCCCGAGGAAUGGACUCGCGAGGAAAUGCGCAGAUGGCUUACACUGCGUCUCGCGAGGUUCCUCGACCGGCCUCUCUUCCCCUGGAAGAAGCUGAUCAUCGGUUUCUCUCUCGCCAACUAUUUCAUCGAAGGUGUCCUCGGUUAUCGUCAGUAUCAGGUCCUCAAGAAGACGAAGGUCCCCAAGGUGUUGGAGCAUGAGGUGUCCCAGGAGGUCUUCGACAAGAGUCAGGCAUACGGGCGCGCCAAGGCAAAGUUCGAGUUUUUCAGCGGUAUCUACGGUCAAAUCCAAAACAUCUUGUUCUAUCAGUUCGACGUCCUCCCGAAGCUAUGGUCAUUCGCCGGCAACCUCCUCGUUCGGUUCGCGCCAGCCCGGUUCUCGGGCGAAAUCUCGCAAUCUAUCGUCUUCGUCCUGUCCUUCGUUGUCAUCUCCCAGAUCCUCUCGCUGCCGACUAGCCUCUACCACACUUUCGUCUUGGAGGAGAAGUUCGGUUUCAACAAGUCGUCUGCCAAGCUAUGGAUUACCGACAAGAUUAAGUCCCUCUUCUUGACCUUUGUGCUUACGCCUCCGAUCCUCGCCGGAUUUUUGGCUAUCGUGCAGAAGACUGGAAACCAGUUCUUCUACUAUCUCUGGGUUUUCGUCGCUGGUCUCCAGGUGGUCAUGAUCACCAUCUACCCCAUCUUCAUUCUGCCCCUGUUCAACAAGCUCUCUCCCCUUGAGGAGGGCGAGCUCAAGAGCAGCGUCGAGGACCUGGCCAAGAAGCUCAAGUUCCCUCUCUCCGAGUUGCACGUCAUUGAUGGCAGCAAGCGCAGCGCCCACAGCAACGCCUACUUCUUUGGCAUGCCCUGGAAGAAGCACAUUGUCAUCUACGAUACCUUGAUCGAGAAGAGCGAGACCCAGGAGGUUGUUGCAGUUCUUGCGCACGAAUUGGGUCACUGGAAGUUGGGUCAUACCACUAGCCUCUUUGGCAUCUCCCAGGCCCACUUCUUCGCCAUCUUCUCCCUCUUCUCCGUUUUCAUCAACAACAACUCCCUCUAUGCCGACUUUGGUUUCCACACGGUGCACCCUAUCAUCGUUGGAUUCCUUCUCUUCUCGGAUGUUCUUGGCCCUACCGACACCCUCAUCAAGCUUGGCAUGAACGUUCUCAGCCGCAAGUUUGAGUUCCAGGCCGACGAGUUCGCCAACAAGCUUGGUUACAAUGCCGAGCUCGCUCGCUCCUUGAUCAAGCUCCAAAUCCAGAACCUUAGCACCAUGGAUGCCGACUGGUUGUUCGCCACCUACCACUUCUCACACCCCAUCCUUACCGAGAGACUGAAGGCUCUCAACUGGCAGUCCACCGGAAAGGUUGAGCUCAAGGAGAAGGCCAAGGAGGUCGAUGAAAAGACUGAUGUUGCUACUGCCACUGGGCGGGAUGAGCUCUAA